UAUAAUUUUAAUAGUUGUUACCUACGUUCUAAGUCAAGUGUUUGAAUUAAGUUAAGUCAUGUGUUUGAAUAGAUAAGCCAAUGGAAACGCAACGUCGAUCAUCGCCGAUUUUAUCGAAACGUUUGGGCCGGUGUUUAUCUGAUCACAAUCGUGUUGUUGAUCUACAUUUAUGGUACUAUCAUCACUUGUCAACUUCACGAGAGCUCGUGCAACAUGCAGAUUUUGUUCGUGUUUAUUUAUUUGCUAUUCGUCAACUCCUACGCAUUAAUGAUGUUGCAAUGCACCGCGUUUAUGGAAAUAAUUAGGACAAGAUACAAGCUAAUUAAUGGCUGUUUUCGCCCGUUCAUAUUUAAAUGGUUUGUUUAGCCCAGCUGAAAGAUCUGUUUAUCGUAGCUGUUAAUGGAUUGAUUAAUCGUCUUCGAUGCGUUAACAAAGAUGGCUUUAGCCAUGGUAUACAAUAAACAUUAUCAUCACCAUAGCCAUCAUCUUUGUAAUAUUUGGAGUUCCAGUCCAGUGUAUCGAUCGGUCGGUUUCCGGUUGGCCGAAAACGUGCACUUGUUUAACGUUUAACAUUCUGCUCCGCCGUUGCUUCGUUCUACAGUUUCAGUAUGGUUUGCAUCGUCACGCGUUAAGGUGUGCCAUUCCCAACGAUGGAUAGCUGUUUGCUUGUUCAAAACGUUCACGAUACAUUUCGUCCCUUCUACUACCUGUUGAAGGUUACUGGAUUGGCGCCAUUUCGUCUUAACUCACAGCCGUCCAACGAUAGAAAAGAGUUGUAUUAUGCUUUCGGUUACUCCGCGAGCUUCAUCUGUGUAUACUCGUACGCAAUCUAUGGCUACCUCUUUACCACAAAUACGGGCCAUCUGUACAUUUCCAAAAUCGUAGCCGUCAUGGAAAAUGGAUAUAUGUUUUGUGAAUUUAUGGUGACAAACGUAGCGAUCAUUUUAGGUUUAGUGCUUCGAAAUCGUGUGCUUGAGAUUUUUGUACAAUUGGCUGAGAUUGACGAGCAGUUAAACGUCCUGCGGCUUCCGAUCAAACACAACAGACAACAUCGCCUACUGACAGUGCUCUGUAGUAUUGUUUUGGGAUCGUUUCUAUUCCUCCUUCUGGUGACGAUUUCAACUGUGACGUCACGCCUUGAAUCGUUCGACACGCCUGCUCUCGACGUGGCGGCGUUGGCGAUAUCGAGUUUCUGCUUCCUUCUGCAAAUAGUACAAUUUACUGUGAUGGUGCUACUCGUGCUGUCGCGAUACCAGACGAUUAAUGAAUUAUUUAGAAUGUACUUUCCAACGAGUCCGUCGGCCGUGGGAAAUCCGAGCGAGUUUGCAAUAUGCAGCGAAAAGGAACAGAUUAAUGUGCUGAAGCAAAUCAAGAUCCUUCACGACAAACUGAACGACGUGGUCGAGCUCGUUAAUUAUUGCUUUUCAGUGCAGAUCACAUUUUGCGUUGGAUUGUGCUUCGUCAUCGGAGUCGUCUGUUCGUUCGGACUGUUCCGGGCGUUCAUCUAUCGUAACGAGCUGUUCUACAUGGGAGUGCUGAACUUCAUCUGGUACAUGUACUAUCUUUUCUUUGUCCUGUUUUUCAUUGCCGUCGGUAGCAAAAUAACACGCGAGGGCAAACGAAUCGGUAUCCUAGUACAUAAAGCCAUCAACUGUUCGUCCUCCUCGGCAGUGAUAAAUGAGUUGAACCUAUUUUCACAGCAGCUGCUACAUCGAAGCCCGGUCAUAACGUGCGGGCUGUUUGUUUACGAUUGGACACUCUGGUACACGAUGAUUGGCGCCACAGCAACGUACCUCAUCAUCUUAAUUCAAUUCGAUGUCUCGUUUCCGAACUUGGUCAAUGUCAACGCCACGGCAGUGUACCGAGGCAGCACCUAAGGCUGGCCGUAUCGACACCAACGCUAAAAGACGAGCAACUUGAUCAUCACCGCUGAAUCUAGUGGGUAACAAACUUUUCUAGGACAAGUGAUUCUGGUCGUAGAAGGAAACAUUCUUGCUAAAGCUCUUCGACGAAGCGUUCAUAGAAUCUCUGAUUUAACGUGCAUGUGCGUGUAUGUGUGUGUGUGUUUACUUUGAUGCUGAAAUGAAACAAAAAAUAAAACAGGGCUAAUCUGAAGAGCCAGUUUGGUGAACUUGGUGUA